GGUUACGGAAAAAGUGCUACCUCUGCAGCGUUCUUCUGCGCUUAUCAGUUUUUUCAAUCGCAAUUCGCUAACUCGUGAGCGCGCGACCGCGUGCAUUUACUUUCUGUUAUCAUAACACAUUCUUUCAUCAUCUACACGACACAGUAUAGUUAGAGUUGAUUAUUCAAAAGCUAGCAUCUUGAGGGGAAGCAAAUUUCUUUCGUUCAGAAAUGUGAUGUCUCUUCGUUUUUUCGUGUGUGACUUCUCCUGUUGGUUUCUUUCAAUUCAAUUCGAAGGAUGCUGGUAAAUUCGACUCCUUUGCUAGUUGCACCCGUUGCACCUGACCUGACAAAUAGGAAGACCCAAUGUACGGAGAUCUACUCCGUAUCAAUGGAUAUUUCUGAAGAGCACGAGAAGUUUGACUCUUGGGUCAGGGACUACAUUUUUGAAUACUAUGCUGUUUUGAAACAGAAGGAGGAGAGAAGACCAAUCAUUCGCUGCCGUUCUUCUCAGUUGAACAUUCGUGGUGGCCUUGUUGACUUCAUAAAGGCUGUUUCUGAUGAGUUGCAUUUCACACACAUCACACGCCAUCGAGCAGUUUAUAUGAUUGAUCAGUUCAUGGACGCAGGGAAUUUCAUUCGUAAGCCAUACCUAAGAUUGGUUGCUGUUGUUUGUCUCAUACUUGCAGCGAAAUACGAAGAAAGCGAAAUGUCCAUCCCAAAACUCUCCACUCUUCAAAAAUAUAUUGAUGUAGAAUUUACUCGAAAAGACUUCAUCACUUUGGAGAAGACACUGUUCAGUCAUUUUAAGUGGCAACUGUCAAUACCAACAGGCGUGGAUUUUGCUGAACAUCAAUGUUUGUUCGCCAUUUCUCUGCAUGAAUCUCAAACUCUAGGGUACAGUUUGAAAAAUCUGAGGGCUAUUGUCCGAGGGUUAACUUACGACUAUUUGGAUGUCACGCUGUCAGAAAUAGGUUUCCUUCAUUAUUCACCAUCAAAAGUGGGUGCAAUUUGCUUACGUGCCGCCCGAGUAACGCUCAAAUUAUUGCCUUCUUGGCCAGACUUGUUGCGAAUAAGUACAGGAUACUGUGAAGAAGAACUAUUUGUCGGCUACAGGUUACUCAUGAAUAUACCUCUACCGGACCGUAAGCGGAAAAGUGAUUUCGGCUCUCCAGAAUCAGGCUACGGGUCAGGCGGAGAUGGUGAUAAUGAUAUGGUAACCAGUCCAAAUAAGCGCUUUCGAUAAGUGUAAGUGUCACAAAGAAUUGCUUCGAUGUAUGUAAUUUAUAUUCAUCGCUAAUUCUUAGAUGCACAAAACCUGUUUUCUGUUCAGGAUUUUGUCCAGUUAUUUUUUGUUUGUAAUUAAUAUUCGUUGAUUUUUCCUCACUUCAUUUUGUUAUCCUCAUUAAAUUCAACAAACCUAACGUUGAAAUAGGGCGGUCUCAGUUUUUUUUUCAGUAUUAUGUAUUUUGAAUUCUCAUGUGCACAAGUAACAUCACUCGCAAACUAUUUUUAGUCAGUCGAAACACCGCAUCAAAGAAUAUUUUGAAGAUAAGGUUUUUUGGACCCAGAGAUUCACCUAGAUUUGCCGAUACUCUCUCGGCAUAAGUCAAUUUUUAUUUUUCAACAACAUUUCAGUUCUUAAAGACAAAUACACUUAAAAAGCUGAAUGAUUCAGUUUUACGA